UAAACUUGGCCUACAGAGAGCUGAGCGACCGAGGCCGCGAGCUAGGUGAGAUGCCGGUGGCCGUGGGUCCCUACGGACAGUCCCAGCCAAGCUGCUUCGACCGCGUCAAGAUGGGCUUCGUGAUGGGUUGCGCCGUGGGCAUGGCGGCCGGGGCGCUCUUCGGCACCUUUUCCUGUCUCAGGAUCGGAAUGCGGGGUCGAGAGCUGAUGGGCGGCAUUGGGAAAACCAUGAUGCAGAGUGGCGGCACGUUUGGCACAUUCAUGGCCAUUGGGAUGGGCAUCCGAUGCUAACCAUGGUUGCCCACUACAUCUAUCCCUUCCCAUCAAUCCCAGCCCACGUACUAAUAAAAGAAAGUCUUUGAGUA